CACUAGGAUAUUGUGACAGACAAAGAAGCGCCGUUGAAGGCAGAGCAAAAGGUAAAAAUUUUAAACACCUUUUUAUUUAGUUAACAAUGGCGGAAGCUCUCUUUGCCCUCUGGCCACGAAGGUUUCAUGACGCCAUCUUUUUAUGGGGGAAACAAACAAAACCCUUAAAUAUAAAACAAACCCAAAACACAAACAGAGAGAAACGCCAAUUGUUACUCUGUAGCUCCAAAAAAAUUGCUCCUUCCACCACAAAUGGCCAGAACAGGGCACUCUGUUUUUCUCCUCUUCCUUGUAGCAUCAAUCCUGGCCCUGGCUUCCCUCCCGAACCCGGUCGAACCGCUAACCGGAGUCACCGACGUCCAAGCCCUCCGGGCAAUCAAGGAGUCAAUCGACCCGGUGACCAUCACCCCGACGUCAUUCCUCUACAGCUGGGACUUCAACGUCGACCCCUGCGACAGCUCCGGCUCGUUCCUCGGCGUACUCUGUUCCUUCCCGCUCGACAAUUCGAGCAGCAGGGUGAUCGCGAUCGGGCUCGACGACGCGGGUUACGACGGGUUCCUGAGCCCGCUGAUCGGAAACCUGACCGAGCUCGUCACCCUCGACCUGACGAGGAACAAAUUCCGCGGACCGCUCCCUGAGAGCAUCAUCAACCUCCGGCAGCUCACCAAGCUCUUAAUUUCCGAGAAUCUCUUCACGGGCCAGAUCCCCGACGCGAUCACCAAGCUGAAACUCCUUCAGGAAGCCGACCUUUCCUACAACCAUUUCUCCGGCAGCGUUCCGGCGAAGAUCGCCGUGCUGCGGAGCUUGAACCGGUUGAUCCUCUCCAACAACGCGCUCUCCGGCAGGCUCCCUGAUCUCUCCGGUCUGUGGCAGCUCAGCGCGCUGGACGUCAGCUCGAACAAUCUGUACGGAAACAUCCCCAGGCUGCCGUUGAACCUGAAGACACUGCUGAUGAGCCACAAUGUGUUUUCAGGACACGUGUCGCCGGUUAAGCACCUGCAGAAGCUUCUGGUGCUUGACGUCAGCGACAACCGGUUGUCGGGUCGGGUCCUGCAGCAGGUCCUGACCCUUUCGUCGGUUGUCCGAUUGAAUGUGUCUAGGAACCAUUUUACGGCGAUGGAUCCGAUCGAUUUCCCCGGGAUUGAGACGCAUUUGCAGUCGUUGGAUGCGAAUGAUAACCAGCUCCGGGGACAUUUGCCGGUGACGUUGGCCGGGCUCGAGAACCUGACGGCGCUGGAUCUGUCGCAUAAUUACUUGUCCGGUUCGAUCCCGAAGGAGUACGGGGCCAAAGUGGGGAAGCCGUGGAAGUAUUUGUACUUGAAUGAUAAUUUUCUGCAGGGGAACCUGCCGCCGCAAUUGGCGGCGGCCGGAGGAGGGGAGAUUAGAGGGAGCCUGGCGAAUAACUGCUUGAGAUGCUCGAGCAACAUUCGGCUCUGCCACGGCGGUCAGCGGCCGCACGCCGUUUGCACCGCGCAGAGGCGGCGGUGGUGAAGCUUUCCCUCCGGCGGCGGCAGUUUUUUUUUAUAGAAUUUGUAGUACUUUUCCGAUGAAGAAUUCUUAAUAACAUGUAUAAGCUCCCUAGAAAAUCAAUAAGAUACAUUUUAGUACUGUUUGGAUGCAGUGAAUUUGACACGGUGGCUAAUUCGAGCGAUGUGAUUGGUUAGAUGUUGCAAUUAGGACUGCGGCCGAUGACACGAUCCGAUCGGAACGAACCCCAAAUGGAAUUGACAUGUUGUCCGAUUCAUUUUGUUUUACACUAUCUAAUCGGUUUUAUAUCGAAUGAAGUCUCAAGGCAAAGGAUUUAACUCUCAACAAUAGAUAGCGUAAAUUCGGUUUUAUGGGUCUGAUGUGGCGGAUUUUUUUAAUGUAGCGAUUUUGAGUUUUAUUUUUUUGGUUUUGGGUUGAAAUUAGAUUCAACAUUUAUGUCAACCACGUUGCCAAAACAUAGAUGGUGUUAAACUGUUAAUGGAGUAUGACGAGAGUGAUUAAAAUUAAAAUAAUAAUUUGGUUAUAGUGACCACUAAUACUAAUGCAACUAAAUUUUUUUAACUGGUAAAUGUGAAAGAAAUAAGUUCUAGUAACCAAAUCUGCUAUUCACCUAAUAAUUCUGUAUAAUUAGUUAAUAACCCAUUAAUUAUUAUUGCAGACGCUCAUUUUUUCAUCUAGUUUUCGGCUAAUAAUUGUUAUUUUUUAAUAAACAGCAAUUUAAUAAUUAAUUGUUUGAAAGAGAGAGAGAGAGAAGAGAAGAAAAAGCCAAAAAGGGCGUCAGGGCUGGGAGGCGAGUGACAUCAAAGCACCCACUCCGUCCUCCCUCCCGUCCCCCUUAACAGCUGCUUCUCGUCAUCCUUCCUCUCCGCGGUAAAUUCAAUUCCCUUCAAGCUAAUUUCAAUUUCUAGGGUUUGAUUGCUGGGGCUCGGACAAUUUCAAUUUCUUAUGAUCAAUGAUUGGGGAAUUCCGUUUCUUUCCCCUUCGGGUGGUUCCCGGCGACUGAUUCAUUGAAUUAAAAUGCUCGGAGUCUAGUGUUGUUGAACUUUCCUGGAUUCCAUUAAUUCGUCUUCUGAGCAGGUUGCUCUUGCUUCACUGUGGCCUUUCUGCAUGAUUUUCUCCAGAUCCUGAUCGGAGCAGCUUGUUCUUUCUCCGGUGAGCAUAGUUUCUUUCCGCCUCUUCUUUGGGUUAACUCUGUUGCUUCCUCGAUCUUGACUCUUGCUGCUUUUGGUCUUGUAUUUUGGCCGAAUUUCCGUUUGAUCUGUGUCAUUGGGUCUGUUGUUCCCGAUUGGGUGUUAAUAAGUUCAUUUCAUGGGGAAUUGUUGGGCAACUGAGCUGUAGUGGAGGGUUUUUGGGUAGAUGCAUUUCUGAAUUUGGGGUUGUAUGGUCUUUACAGGGUGAGGUGGGGGUUUCUGAAUUCUCAAUUGGGGAAGGAUGGGGGUUAUGUCGAGGCGGGUUAUACCCGCCUGCGGUAACCUCUGCUUCUUCUGUCCUUCACUGAGAGCAAGGUCAAGACAGCCAGUUAAGCGGUACAAGAAGCUCCUUUCUGAUAUAUUCCCACGGAAUCAGGUGAUUGUGAUAUUUCAAGUAUGAUUUCUGAAUUUACCCGAAAAAUUGUGCUUAGCAAGUGUUGUUAGUGCUUCCAGAGUGGUGACAGAUUAUUGGUCGAGAACUUGAGAUUCUAGCUAUUGUUAAGUACUUCCUGUUCCACUGUAUGUUUCCAUUUUUCUUGUUUGGUGCGAAGUUCACUUACAUCACUAAUGGAUAGUCAAUGCAUGUCCCAAAGAAUGAUCUGUUCCAGUUGGGAUGGAACAUCUUUUGUAUGAUAAAAAAUCUUAAAUGUUUAUGCUAGUGUAGUCAGGUCCUAUGGUUCUUUAUCUACCAAAAUCAUCCCAAUCACUCACCACUGUUUAUUUUAUGUUUCUUAGUUGGAGGAUGAAGCUGCGUAUUGCAUCUUGAUUUGCUUCUAAUGCACUUUCUUUUCUUAUGUAGGAAGCUGAACCAAACGAUAGGAAGAUUGGGAAGCUGUGCGAAUAUGCUUCAAAAAACCCACUGCGGAUUCCUAAGGUUUGCCUUUGUGAUUGGAAGGAUAUAUUUUGGUGAAUGAUGGAGAUGGUGGAAUAUAUCAUCUGUAUUUGUAAGCAUUGCUUAAAAAGUUAUGUUAAAAACUGUCAUAUAUCUUCCAUUGUCUUCUGUUGUCAUCUUCUACUUUGUUAUGACCAAGUGUCAUAAUCAUGGCCUUUAUUCAUAAUGCCAUUCUAAUAUCAUCUUGAUUGAGCUAUGGUGGGGGUUGCAUACUGAAAGGUUGCAUAAUGAGGGGUUUAGCUCAAUGCCACCUAGUUAGUUACUGGUUUCGUUUUCAUUUGCUUAUUCCGUGUGUGGCCUGCAUGUUUUUGUGCACAGAUCACUGAGACUCUGGAACAAAGGUUUUACAAAGAGUUGCGCCAUGGACGCUUUGGGUCUGUAAAAGUCGUUGCAUGUAUUUACCGGAAAAUGUUAUUUUCCUGCAAGGACCAAAUGUAAGUGUGCAUAUCUUUUUUCUUAUAUUUGUCUCAACUUUUUUAAACCGGGAGAAGAAUGAGGAUGGAGGACAAAAGUGGAUACAUGGAUAUUUCACACAGUAUUUUACAGAGAUAACUCAAAAGAAGAAGUUCAAACUCUAGAUGGACAUAUACUUUGAUUUAUUUAUGUAAAGUUGAGCUCAUUGAUAAACUGCGAUAUCAUUUGAGCUAUCUGAUUAAAUACAAAGAUUUCAC